AUGGCUCCUAAAAAGAAGGCAACCAAGGGGGCCAAGGAGCCUGAGGUCAAGAAGAAGCGAGGGGGCAAGAAGGAGUCCAUCACACCCAUGGAAAGGCCCCUAAGCGAGGAAACGCGCGAGUUCUACCACAUCCAGAUCCGCGACCUGGAGGACCGGCUGGCCCGGUACCAGCGGAAGUGGGAUGAGCUGGCCGUGCAGGAGAAGCUCUUCCGCCAGGAGUUUGAGCAGCUGACCACCAACAAAAAGGAGAUCGUGGCCUUCCUCAAGCGCACGCUCAACCAGCGGGUGGACGAGAUCACUGACCUCAAUGAGCAGCUCCAAAACCUGCAGUUGGCCAAGGAGCUGGAGAAGGACGCCUUCGAGGCCCAGCUGGCCCAGGUGCGCCACGAGUUCCAGGAGACCAAGGACCAGCUCACCACAGAGAACAUCAUCCUCGGGGGGAAGCUGGCUGCCCUGGAGGAGUUCCGGCUGCAGAAAGAGGAGCUCUCCGGGAGGUUCACGACGCUGGAGGAACGGCUGCAUAAGCAGGAGAGUGAACACAAGGACUAUGUGUACGACCUGGAGAAGAAGUCGGUGCUGGACAAGGACAGGCUGAGGAAAGAGAUCAUCCAGCGCGUCAACCUGGUGGCCACUGAGUUCCGCAAGGUGGCGACGAGCCAGAUGUGGGAAACGACCAAGCGGACCAUCAGGGAGAACAACGCCAUGACCCAGCAGCUGUCCAAGCUCUCGCGGCAUGGCGUGCAGCUGCUGCAGGAGAACGAGCAGCUCAAAGACAGCCAGGACAAGCUGUGCAAACAGCUGGAGCUGCUGGAGAGCACCCAGAAGGCCAUGGUCAGGCACCGCAGAGGCCACCAGAAGAUCAUCCUCAUGCUGACCGAGAAGUGCAAGGAGCAGCAGCAGAACACAGCAGAGGCCCAGAGCCUGCAUGCCCUGCUGAGCCAGCAGGAGCAGCACCUCCAGCAGCUGCAGAGGGACAACCAGGAGCUGAGGAGCCAGAAAGACCAGCUGACUCUCCUGCUGAAGCAGCAGCAGACCAAGGCACAGCGGCUGCAGCACAAGCUGACCAGAGAGCAGAAGGCGCGGGCAAGACUCCAGACGGCCCUGGCCCAGGGCACCGCCUUCCUUCACCGCAUUCUACAGACGCAGUCCAGUGACGCCGAUGCCGACGCCGGGGACAGCGACUUUGAUGUGGUGUUUCAGCUGCAGCACAAGGAGAUGCGGCAGCUGCUGGCCAUGCUCAGCUCGGCAGCCGCUGCCUCAAGUUCCUCGACGUCUCUGUCCCCCAGCGAGGAGAGACAGCUUUGCAACCCGUGCCAGGAGAGCAGGGCCGCCGCCCAGUUCUCCUCGGCGGGGUCUCUACUGCAGCAACCGUCCCAUGUCACCGCCUAUGAGCCCAAGGGCCUGGAGCCUCAACGCGUCAAUAUCUCACCCAACCCUGAGGACCUCAGGCGGCUGUCACACCCCACCCACGUGAGACGCUCCCGGGCGCUCAGCAGCCCCAUGGUGAGGGUGCCGGGGCCCCAAGGACGGCGAGACGGCAGUCAACCCUGGGUCAGCAGGGCCCGGCCCCAGUGGAGCUGCGAGGCCCUGGGGAGGUAGUUAGUCCCUGCGAAGCCCCCAUUUCCCAUCUGCGAAAUGGAAGAACAUGUGGCCAGGCCUUGGUGUGUCAAACCAAGCGCCUGCGUCCCCUAGGGUGGGCUUGCUGGGCUCUGAUGACCCUCCUCUAC